UGUUAGAUAAAGCUGCAUCCUCCCAGAUUUGCCUCCUCAGCAUCACUUGACACAGCAGCCUUGGCCAUUUCAAACCAACCAUACCAGCGUGUGAAAAUAAACCUAAGCAUUCUUAGACCGUUAUUUGGGGUCUGUCUUCCUCAGAACAGUCCACUCAGUCUUAUGGUUAUUCCAACAAACUGGAGCUUUGGAUGGUACAGAAGAAACUAAACCAAGAUGGAGAGUUUGAUGGAUGUGCUUUGGUGGCACCUGGAUUAUAGAGCAGCCUCUAGCCGUAUGUGUUUCCUUUAUCUUGCUGAUCUUUUCUUGCUGUUCAAGACCACCAAUGAAAGCCUGAGAUGAGAGAGCACAGGGACUUCCCCACCCCACCCUAUACCAACCCAGUUAACUUUGCACUUGCCGUGACCUUCCCUCCAGUAUGACUUGUCAGCUGUUCCGGGUUUGUUGCUAGAAGAAAAAAAAAUGUAGAAUGUACUGCUUCUCUGCAUACUAAUGAAAUGGCUGAGCCAACUCAGGGGUUAUGAGAAGGUUUGCGAAUUAGGAGAAUAAUGUUCUUCAGUUUCUGACCUCCUGGCAUGGCAGCGGUGUUUAUCAGGAGACGCAUGUGACUGGUGAAGACACAGAGCCGCAGCUUGAAGGAAACAGCUGCUCGCAGCCGGCUCCGGCACUUGGCAGCUGGACAGGCAGGGUGCUGCUGUGAGGGACACCACGACAAAAGUCACCCCGUAAGGUCAUUGUGCUUUGAUUUUCCUUGAGCCGGUGUUUGUUAUCGAGAAGACAAACCUCUGCAAGAAUUUACAGGUUCUCUGAAGUACUUAUUAUUCAAGUUGGGCAAACCAUUUCUACAGACGGCUUCCUCUAUGUCUUUCCCAAGGAUGAUAAUUGCCCUUGAAUUUCUUUCAGACCUGGAAAUCUAUCUGUGUGAAAAAAUAGAGUUGGCUUGAAGUACAGCAAAGAACAGAGACUGCUGCCAGGCACUAAGAUUGCCAACUUGAUUAUGGAGAUGGUGUAUCUGAUGCUGAAAAUGUCUCAAGUUUUUUGACAACGGCUAAACCACCAUGGGGUCAAGUGGACUUGGGAAAGCAGCAACAUUAGAUGAAUUGCUGAGCACUUGCAUUGAGAUGUUUGAUGACAAGGGAGAGCUGAAUAAUAGUUACUUGCCAAGAAUAGUUCUACUGAUGCACCGAUGGUAUUUAUCAUCCACUGAAUUGGCGGAAAAACUUCUAUGCAUGUAUCGAAAUGCCAGUGGAGAAAGCUGCAAUGAAUUUCGGUUAAAGAUCUGCUAUUUCAUGAGAUACUGGAUCCUGAAGUUUCCUGCCGAGUUUAAUCUGGAUCUUGGUUUGAUUCGUAUGACUGAGGAAUUCCGUGAAGUAGCUUGUCAACUAGGAUAUGAAAAACACAUCAGCCUCAUCGACAUAUCCAGCAUUCCUUCCUAUGACUGGAUGAGAAGAGUCACACAGAGGAAAAAAGUAUCCAAGAAGGGAAAAGCCUGUCUGCUGUUUGACCAUCUGGAGCCCAUUGAAUUGGCUGAGCACCUCACUUUUCUGGAGCAUAAAUCUUUUAGAAGGAUCUCAUUCACCGACUACCAAAGCUAUGUCAUCCAUGGCUGCCUGGAGAAUAACCCAACCUUGGAGAGAUCUAUUACUUUAUUUAAUGGAAUCUCUAAGUGGGUCCAGUUGAUGGUUCUUAGCAAACCAACCCCCCAUCAAAGGGCAGAGGUCAUCACAAAGUUUAUCAAUGUUGCAAAGAAGCUCCUUCAGCUCAAAAAUUUUAACACUUUGAUGGCAGUGGUGGGAGGCCUAAGUCAUAGUUCCAUUUCGCGCCUCAAAGAGACUCAUUCUCAUCUUUCUUCAGAAGUUACAAAGAACUGGAAUGAAAUGACAGAGCUGGUCUCCUCCAACGGCAAUUACUGCAAUUACCGCAAGGCCUUUGCCGACUGUGAUGGCUUCAAAAUCCCCAUCCUUGGAGUACACUUGAAAGACUUGAUAGCAGUCCAUGUCAUUUUCCCAGACUGGACGGAGGAGAACAAAGUCAACAUUGUGAAAAUGCACCAGCUCUCUGUGACCCUCAGUGAACUGGCCUCUCUGCAGAAUGCCUCUCACCACUUAGAACCCAACAUGGAUUUGAUCAACCUGCUCACGCUUUCUCUGGACCUCUAUCACACCGAGGAUGAUAUCUAUAAACUGUCACUUGUGCUGGAGCCCAGGAAUUCUAAAUCGCAGCCUACCUCCCCUACGACCCCCACCAAGACUGUGGUGCCCCUGGAGUGGGCCUCAGGGGUGAUGCUGAAGCCAGACCCCACGGUCAUCAACAAGCACAUAAGGAAAUUAGUUGAGUCUGUGUUUAGAAACUAUGAUCAUGACCAUGAUGGAUACAUCUCCCAAGAGGACUUUGAAAGUAUCGCCGCCAAUUUUCCCUUCUUGGACUCCUUCUGUGUGCUGGACAAAGAUCAGGAUGGCCUAAUUAGUAAAGAUGAAAUGAUGGCUUACUUCCUGAGAGCAAAGUCUCAACUACACUGUAAAAUGGGACCAGGAUUUGUCCAUAAUUUUCAGGAGAUGACCUAUCUCAAGCCAACUUUCUGCGAACACUGUGCAGGAUUUCUCUGGGGCAUAAUCAAGCAAGGAUACAAAUGCAAAGAUUGUGGAGCCAAUUGUCACAAGCAGUGCAAAGACCUCCUGGUUCUGGCCUGCAGGAGGUUUGCCCGAGUGCCCUCCCUGAGCAGUGGUCACGGGUCACUGCCUGGAAGCCCUUCGCUGCCCCCAGUGCAGGAUGAGGUGUUUGAGUUCCCUGAGGUCGCGGCUGGACACCGGGACCUGGACAGCAGAGCCAUCACCCUGGUGACUGGUUCUUCUCGUAAGAUCUCUGUGCGGCUGCAGCGGGCCACCACCAGCCAGGCCACCCAGACUGAGCCCGUAUGGUCAGAGACUGGCUGGGGGGACUCAGGGUCUCACACCUUCCCCAAAAUGAAAUCCAAGUUCCAUGAGAAAGCAGCCAAAGACAAAGGCUUUGCCAAAUGGGAGAAUGAGAAGCCCAGGGUGCAGGCUGGUGUGGAUGUUGUGGACCGGGGCACUGAGUUUGAACUUGACCAGGAUGGAGCAGACCUGGGUGAGGCCAGACAGGAUGGUGAGGAUGGGUGAACUCAGGCUGAGUACACUGAAGGCAAAAAUGUUGGCUUUCAGAAGAAGCAAGAUGAUAAACUCUGGAGAACACUCCAACUCUCAGGAAUUUAUCCAGAAAGAUAUCUGGACCUUUACUUGGGACAACAUGGAAUCUCCCUGAUUGGACUGUGGCACAGAGGAUUUACCCUAACUAUGAACUAUUUAUUUCCUCCCCCGACCUCCACGCCCCUAAUUAGACACCGUGAGGAUUGUGUUAUGUAGUUGGUAGUUUUCUCAUGUUUCUUCCUCUAGAACCACUUACAUACAGGUGAAAUGAAAGCUUUUAUGCAUGUACUUGAUAACUCAUUCUCUAAACUCAGACUUUGCUUUUUUGUGAGAAUAUUAUUUCAGUAUUUUUAUAAACUUGGGAGAGGUUUAAAAAAGGAGUUGAAUGUCAGAUAUUUUUGAUGUGGAGGUCUUUUUGUGUGUUUUUUGGAUGGGAUCAGGAUUUAACAUUUUCUUGAGGGACACAGAAGCUCUUUAGCUCUCAGAAUGCAGUUGUUCUUCUCGUAUCAGCCAUGAGAACCUUGUUUACAUUGUUCUUAUCAUACAGUUCCUAUUAUGGUGUGUCACAAGUCAUGUGGCUAAGCCAUGUAUAUAAAUCUUACCGAAUCUACAACACUAGGAAGCUAUGACACGACCAUGAAAAUUCUCCUAAUGUUUAUAAAUGCAUGGGAGAAAAGUAAUUUGUUCCAUCUGACUCAGUUUACCCAUCUUUCUCUAGACACUUGAAAUAUGAAUAGCAAUUAAGAAGUCAUCAAUUUAAACUUUGAGGAAUAAGCCUUAGAAGAAAAACAAACCAUCAAACAAAUCACUUAGAGAAACCCAAAGCCACCACCAAGUUUUUAAAACUCAAAAAGUUUUCAGAAUUGUAUUUGUUUAAAAAAAAAAAAGAAGAAGAAGACGGUAGACUUUUGGUUAGGAAAGAGAACUCUUGGGCUCUUCCAAAGAAAUUGCCAUCCACAAUGAGAGUCAUCAUAGAAAGGAAAUCAUUAUAAAUCACAUCUGGUUAAUAUUUUCAUUCAAACUUUUAAAAUGUCAGUAUUUUAAAUGUCUUCCCUUCACCCAGAAGAACCAGAUGUGGGUGUGUUUCUUACAUGAUUAGAGGAGUGAGAACUUGGUUCAAGAUGUUCAAAACUGGAGAUGGCAUUGAGCCUGUGGGUGAGGAGAAUGACCUCAGAAACUAUUUCACAGAGGUGCAGUGGUCCUCAUUUGGGAGCUAACAUCUAUAUAGUCAGUGUAAAAUUGAAUUGGGUCAAUCACUUCAGUAAAGCAAUGUCUUCCCUCUUCACUCCCUUAGUUAACUGAGGUCAGUUCUGCUCAGCAAACACUUAUUAAGCACCUGCUGUUUGCAAGGUCCCAUACUGGAGACACAGAUUUGAGCAAGAGUUGGUCUCUCGGAGCUGGUGCCUUACGGGCAUUAAAACACAAAGUUUCCAGCAAUUUAAGAUAUUGCUCAAAACUUUCUAGAACUGACUUAAUUGUAUGAAACAGAUUUAGAAAUGGGAAGUACUGCAAAUUUAAAGUUACCAGUUGAUUAACUAGUGAUUAAGCUAGAUAAUAAAGGAACAUACCAUUUGCAAACAGCCAUCCAAAGUGUUGGUUCUAUGUAUACACACCAUCUAUGCCUAUUCAGUUCAGUGAAAUACAUUCUAACAAAUGGCUAUUCACGUACAGGAAACUUUUCUAGUGAUUUUUUUUUUUUUUAAGAAAGUCCAGAAAGAAACUUGAUAAUAAAUGUUGGGUGAUUUUUUUUUUCUUCUGAAAGGAAUAAUCUACUUGCCACUUUGUUUGGGUUAUUUUUGAGUUUCCCAUUAUAGGAAACAUUUUAUAUUGUUAGCCUACCUGUGCUAAAGAUACUAAAUGUACAAUUUAGCCUUGAGUUUAAACACACACACACGCACACACACACAAGAAAAUAAAUAUAAAUGUGUAUAUAUGAGUGUGUAUAUGUGUGUACACCUAUGUAUACACACUCAGUAUUAUUAUUUUGCUGAAGAGGAAUUUGAGUCCAUAAAGAAGCUCCUUUAUAAUUUUGAUUAUGUAAUCAUUUACUAUUAACCAAUGGUGACUCUGAUGUUUCCAAUCUAAUUUCCCAUAAUCAGUAAAAUAAAUAAAAUAGGCAAACCCGUGAUGUAGCAUAAAGAACUAUUAUAGUUGGUUCAUCCAGAUCUUCCUUUUGUAUGUCUGAUGAUCAUUGUCACCGCUUAGGUGAAAAGCAAAAAUAAAACUAAACUCUUAACAGUGAAUGUUCUUGGAUUCCAGAGAGGACUAUAUUAGGCACUUCAGCUGCGUCUUCAAAGAAGGAUAUAAAGAUUGGACUGAUGUUUUUUUAGAUCUGCCGAAACCAGAGGGCAGCCCUAAUUGGUGUUUUGAACACUGUAUGUUGAGUGACAGCCUUUAGAAGCAAUAAUGUCUCCAGAUUCCCAUUGUAACAGAUUCUCCCCAAUGGUCAGAGGGGCUUGAUAUUUAAAAAUAGGGGCAUUCCUAAGCUAAAUACAUUGCUUUUGCCAAAAUAGAUAAGACUCCAGAAUGAUCACGUAAAUUCAGUCAAAUUAUAUUACCAAAGCAUAUCUUUGGUAUGCUCUCUGAAAUCAGAAUUGAAUCCCAUCUCUGACAGUUAAUCGUCAUGGGUUCCUGGGUAAGCCAAGACCAUCUAUAUGAGCCUCAAUUUCCUCAUUUGCAAAAUAGAGAUUUCACCACUUUACACAUCUACCUCAGAGAGUUAUUAAGAUAUGUCAAGAUCCUGUAAGUUAAUAUGAUUUUGCAGAUAAGCAGGAAGUUUCUCUGAAAUUAUCUUUAAGAUCCCAGAAUUUGAAUAUGUCAUAUGGCUGUGCAUUUUGGCGCCUCUAAACCUAAAUAUUUAGCUACAUCUGUGUCAAAAAAGAUUUGUUUAAACGAAGUAGAAAUGAAACAUACUUGGAGGAGUUUUUCUUAUUCCUGCAAAUAUGUGGAUGUGUUAGUUCUGUUCUGUUUUCUAACAUUGACUGCUCUUCUUGCCUAGUUUGACGAUAGAUGGGCAAGAUUAAGAAACCAAACUGGUAAAACUUAAAUGAGUUUAGAGAAAAAUCCAUAUAUUGGAUAGAUGUAAAUAGGCCAGGGCAUAAAUAUUCUUCAGAGAUUAUCUCUUGAAGGAAUUUAGUUUACUGCACAUAGAUUACAGGAAAAUAAAAGUCAACCUUUAAAAUAAAAGGUACAUGCAUUUAUUUGACAACCAGAGCCUAUGUUAUGGCUAUUGAAGGUGAUGAUUAUAGGAAACUGCUUGGAAUUUAAGGACCAUCAGGAAAAAGCUUCCUCCAGAUUGCAUCCAAAGCUUGAGCACUGAAGUCUGGAGCGCAGACCUCAAACAAAAACACUUUACCUUAUCUUUUUAAAAUGCUAAUAAAAAUCACCUUGGAAUUCACGUGUCUAUUCAGAAGCUGAAUGACUUGGCAGUUAGUUUGUAUGUAGGAGCAUAAAGAAAGCAUCAGGCAACUGGCCUGAACACUUCAAAAAUGAAAUGUUAUGAAAACAGAACAAGGGGAGAAAGGGCAGUUCUGAAUCAGCAGAGAUUUAAUGAAACAUAACCAAAUGUGAUGUAUGAAUGUUGGUUGAAUUCUAGAUAAAAAAUGAAUAAUGGGAAAUUUUGAGUUGUAUAUACAUUACUACAAUUAAAAAGUAAAAAUAAAGCAGACAUUUCAGGAGAAAUUGGAGAAAUUUAAAUAUGUACUAUAUAUUAAACGAUGUACUGCAUGUUAAUUUAUUUAAGUGUGAUAAUGAUAUGGUUAUGUAGAAUAAUGUCUAUUUUUAGGAGCUCUUGCUAAAGUAUUUAGGAAUGUAGUAUCUUAAUGUCUGCAACUUACUUUCAAAUGGUUCAGCCCCCAAAAGUGUUUAUAUAGAGAGAGAAUGCAAAUGUGGAAAAAUGUUAAUUUUUCAGUCUGUGUAAGUGGUAUAGUUGUUCAUUGUAUUAUUUUAAAACUUUUCUGAAGUUUGGUAGUUGGAAAAAGUUGAGGGAGGGGUAAGAAUUACCACUUCUUAUCGGAAAUCAUCAAAAAAGCAGCUAUGAGACUAAAAACAAAAAACAAAUUCCAUUUUCAGAGAAACCAGGAGAGACCUGAUGAGAGAGGUAUGCAAGAAGAUGUGGAGAGAAGAUACUGUAGCAGAGAAUGAUUCAGUGGUUGAGAGCUCAAAAACACUGGCAGCAAAAAAUACCCUUUUCAGAACUAAGGGGCACUCUUUGCAGAGCAAAUCCUCAAACUUUGUUUACAACAGAAGGAACAGGGACAUACCUGCGAGUAGUAGAGUUUCCUGGACCUCCUUUGGUUCUGAGAAGAGGCAGGGCACAAAGACAAGCAGUAUUUGCAAGAAACAAUCUGUCUCUAGGGCAGUAGUGAACCAUUGUCUUUGGGAUGGGAAAAAAAAAAAAAUCCCACAGUGCCAAUCUCCCUCCAAGAUGGAAUGGCAAAUUGAAA